AUCCCAUUAUUGUCGGUAAUGUCCAGAGUAUCACUAUUGUUCGUGGUUUGGGUCACCUCUAAGGGUGUCGUUGGAUGGGACGUUGAGGUUGUACGGGGGCCGGCCCGAUAAUUCCCCGGGGCGGGUGGUGGGAAUCUUGCCUGAGGGAUCCAUCAGUCAUCCAGCUCCGACCUGUAAACCCCCACCAAGUCGUGUGCCAAAUCCACUUCUUCAGAUUGAGCUCAAAUUUCCUCGUCCUUGUUCUUCUGCUUUCUCAAAUAUUUAUCCAAUGGGAGGGCUCCAAGAGCUCAUGAGCAUACUAGGACCAUGCUCAUAAGAAAACCAGCUCUUCUCUUCUCGUCGUCUGGCGGGUAUCUUUGCUUCUGUGUCACGCCUCAUCAGAUCCAUACGUCAUCAACCAUAACAUCGCAACAAUGCAUACGAUUUUCGCAGUUGGAAGACCGACGACGGCCGCAGGUAUCAAGGCGGUAUGCUACGGUGAAUUCAGAAGAGAUUAAUGGUUUCCGAGACGAAGACCGUCGUCAUUGGCCUCGCGUGGCGAAUCCGCUCACACCACCCACGCCGUACCAGAUAUUUGGCCUGAAGAAAGGUGCUCCUUAUUCCAAACGACGUUUUUAUGAACUCGUCAAGAUAUACCACCCUGAUCUCAAUGGUCAAAAUCACCACUCUCCCUGCCAUUACCUUUCGCAUGCAGUGAGGCUCGAGAGAUACCGUCUGAUUGUCGCCGCCAAUGAUCUCCUCUCUGACCCAGUCAAACGAAGCGCUUAUGACCGCUACGGCGCAGGGUGGAACGGUCAGCCAGAGGCGCGAGGCACGACAAACGGCGGGACGCAAUCCGGCUAUUCAAGCUGGCGCGAAGGAAACAACCCAAGUCAAAAUGCGACAUGGGAGGACUGGGAGCGCUGGUAUCAGAGAGAGGCCGGUGGCCCACAAGAACCGCAAUUCUUCUCCAAUAGUGUGUUCCUUUCACUUGUCGUCAUCCUAGCGGCGCUGGGAGGCAUCGGACAAGCCACCAGGGCGGGCAAUUACGCCAACACCUUCAUUGAGCAACGAGAUCAUGUCCAUGGCGAGGCGCUCAAAGAAUUGUCUCGCGCGAGGCAGGGUUUAACCAACCCUGGAAACAAUAGACAAGAGAGGAUUCAGUCGUUUCUUAGACUGAGAGAUCCGGUUGCCAACGGUUCGACUGAUCCUCACGAGGAAGGUUAUCGUCGACUACUCCCGGAGCCCGAGGUGUGUCACAGUGCGGAUAUAAAAGGCCGCAAAACUAACUCAUGAUUUUGCAACCCGUCUUGACGAAACACCAUCGAUGUUCAUUAACUUUUUUCUCAAUUACGAUUUCCACGGCCAACAUUCUUAUUCGGCGCUUGAUAUUGAUUAUUGUCCAGGCGUUCAUGGUAUAUAUCCUUGCAUACUGCCGAAGCUUGUAUUCUUUUUGUUCGCAUAUGAUUGUAAAUUCCUAGUGCUUACUUACAUAAAUGCUCAAUCAAUUGCACACUCGA